AUGAGUGGACGCGGAAAAGGAGGUAAAGGGCUCGGCAAAGGAGGCGCCAAACGCCACCGGAAGGUUCUCCGCGAUAACAUCCAGGGCAUCACCAAACCCGCCAUCCGCCGUCUGGCUCGCCGUGGCGGUGUAAAGCGUAUCUCCGGCCUGAUCUACGAGGAGACCCGCGGUGUGCUGAAGGUGUUCCUGGAGAACGUGAUCCGGGACGCCGUCACCUACACCGAGCACGCCAAGAGGAAGACCGUGACCGCCAUGGACGUGGUGUACGCUCUGAAGAGGCAGGGCCGCACUCUGUACGGCUUCGGAGGCUAAAUCUGCUCUGACCUCCCAACACAACGGCUCUUUUCAGAGCCACCCACCUUACUGAGAGUG